AGAUUAAUAUGGCGACACUGCCAACAGGGCACCUUCGAUCGAUGGGCUGCUGUCAACAAAUUCUAUAAAAUAUUUAUAAAAUAAUUUCUUUAGUAGACGCAGUUACUCAUAUACGACAAUCUUAUCUCGGCUCAGCUGAAGCAUAAAGACACUAAAAUACACAGGCCUAGUAAAGUGACAACGUUUGGUGCGACAGUGAAAGUAAUAUUUGUCAAGUUUAAUUUCAUUCCAUGAUUGUAACGGGGCCGUCGCGCUGUUGGUCGCAGGCGUAGCAUAUGCAAGCGAACCUCUAAUGAAUGUUAUGUAAGCAUUGGAAGCGCACAGUAUGUCUUGGAUGAAGCGGCCUCAGGGCGGCGCUGCGCCGCCUCCCGGGCCGGACAGGCAGCCCUACGCCGCGCCCCAGGCACAGCCUUUUGGGAACCAACAAAAUAUGUACCACAACUAUCAAGGAGGAACAACGGGUAAUGUUCAACCCCAACAGUUCUGGCAGAUGCCGGCCCAGCCGCAGCCCCAGCCCCAGCCCCAGCAGUACAACCAGCAGUAUGGUCAGGUUUACCAGCAGCAAGACUAUCCUACGAAUGCUAAUCAGCUCUAUCAGCAGACAAAUCCAAACCAGUUCAACCAGAACUACACAGGCCAAGGUUAUAACAGUACUCAACAACAAAGUUACCAACAAAACUACUAUCCCAACCAAGGAACCCAGCAGCAGAACUUUCCUCAAAACAAGCCUAAUGCUGAUGCCUGGGAGGACAACUGGGACUGGGGUUGGGAAGAGUCAGCUAAACAGGCUCAGAAGGCUUCCCAAAAUGUUGUGCAACAACCUGUUCCACCACAACAACAGGUGUUCAAUAAUGCUAAUGUUAUACAGGAGAGUUUUGCUACUACUGAUAGCUGGAACUGGUCUAUGGAUGACAAGAAAGAUACUAAAGAACCUGCCCCAGUGCCUCAACACUAUGAGAAUAAGGAACCUCCUGCAUUACCAUUAUCAAAUGCUGCAGUGGAAAGUAAUACUGUGCCUGAAGCUGGUGCUCCAAGGAGUACAAGCAAUAUGUCUGCCCAACAAGCAGAAGAAGUGCGAACACUAAAUGAUCGUGAGGUUGUUAAAGAGCGAUUACCAAAUCUAGCUUUAGGCAAACGUUUCCACAUUGACAAUUUAACACCACAGUGGUCAAUAGAAUCACAAAUGUCUCAAGAAUCAAGUGAUGGUCCACACACUCACUCUGAAGGGACUUAUAGAAGUGAAAAUCAGUCUAGAAACUCUAGUAAAAGUAGCCCUGGAUUAAAUACAGAUAAUUCUAAUUUUAAUUAUACUCAAGUUGGUUUAGAUGAGGGCUUCCCACAAAAUAGUGAGUGGUCCAGGCCUUCAGAAGACCCAACUCUUAUUGAAACUAUUCAAAGUAGCAGUAGACGUGAAAGUCAAGAUGAGUUGUCUGGAUCUAUGCGAGAAAUGAGCUUAACUAAUCAUGAAAAUCCUUCAACAGACACAUUACAUCCUGCCCCUGAAGUAGACAUUAGACACGCUCAAGAGAUUGUUUCAUCAAUACAACCACUGUCAGAAGUUCCUUCAGCAAACUUCCCUCCUUCCACACAAUCUAACAUUCCUUUGCCGACAAUGUCUACAGUCAUGCCUCCUGUGGCAGCAGUCUCCUCUGGAUCUAUACCUUCUACAACAUCAACUCCACCUUUGACCGCUCCACCAACUUCUUCAACUCUACCCCCUCCAAAUAUUCCUCCACCUACCUCUAAUCAGAAUCCAUUCAAAAUGAAUUCAGGUCCGUUUUCGCACAAGGCAAUAGCAAAGGUAUCAACAAGUGCAACAGCCAUUUCAGCUUUUCCUCCCCAGACGUCUAAUGCCAAUCUGACAUCGCCAUCUGUUGUAAAUAAGGUGUCACAACAUAACAGGGUCCCACUUGGAUUUGAGGCAAACUUAGAAACAACUCCAGAUAAUUCUGAGAGGCCAGAUCAACCACAAAUAUCGGCAUUCAGACAUAUGCCUGUUUCACAACAGGUUCCUGACAAUUUGGAAGUGGCACCAAGGAAUGAUAGAAAUGAAUAUUUGCAAACUGCACAUUUGUCUAGUGGUGAUUAUGGUGAAAAUACUGACUUCAGUAGAGGAGUUCCACCUCCUGGACUAAGGCGCAUGGUAGUAGGCCAGCAAGAGCCUGAAUAUAAUCAAAACUUAAAUCUUUCUGGUGAUGAACCACCUCCAGGUUUGGCAAGAAUGGUGCCAGGUCAGCAAACAGAAGCUGAGAAUGCUUACCACCAGACAGGAGAUAAUUACCUUGAUCGACACAUUGAUGGACAACCAACCGACAGUGGCAGUCGUCCGUACAGACAAGCCGAGGGCCAACAAACCUCAGAUAAUUAUACUCAACCUCCUCAAAGUAGAGGAGCAGAAAGGAGACCUAUCGGAUUGGAUAGGAUGGUACCCGGAGAGCCAAGUAAUGGUGAGUUCUCUCAGUAUCAAGGAUCUAACUAUGCCAGUGCAAAUGAUCAACGCGUUGUUACGGGAUUGGACCAUGAGUUCUCGAUGCCUACUGACGCUGGCCCCUCCGACAUUCGGGAACAGAAUGUCGACGGCUCUGAUUAUACUGAGCAGAGUUCUAGAAAUCCACCGAGGAACAUUAUUGGUGCGAGAGACGUUUCUAGUGACGUUUCUCCGGAUUUCACCGCCCCUCCUGACGAGCAACAGAGAGAGGUCACAAUGGAAGGCGAAAACUUACAAGAUCUAAGCAUUAUAUCUUCGACGGAAUUGACUUUUUCAAGGGAGCAAGUACUUGACGGAGCCGACGUUACUAUAACUGACUUGGGCGCAGACGGAAAGACGGACUUAUCGGAUUCUAUAGAUCACCCAACCACUAGCUCAAGACGUCAAUCUCUAAACAGGGUAAAUACUUCAGGAGAGGACUCCGAAAGGGACCGAGCAUUCAAAUCCUCGCCAAGGAGAGAUAAGCACAAAUCGUCGAGGGAUCGAGAUCAAAAGCGGGAUCGAGACAGGGAACGCGAGAAAGAUGGAAGAUAUUCUCGGGGGGAUCGCAAAUAUGACCCCGACCGAAGGUCUGUCAGGGACGAUAAACGCACCGAGAAGGACCGCCGCGAGCGAGACGGAUAUACGCGCGAGCGCCGCGACCGCGACGACAGCCCGGGCGCGCGCAGACUGCGUCGUAGCACGCGCAGCCAGCGAUACGAGACCGAAGACACCGACUACUACAGCGACCGGGAGAGAGAUCGAAGGCGCCACCGUGAGGGCUCGUCGAAACCGCCACGUCCGAAGGACAAGGAUCGGCGUUAUGGUGACGAGCGAGAUCGCAGCGAGCGAUACAACACGAUAGAGCGAGAAAGACGAUACGACGACGACCGCGAGCGACACGAGCGGCACGAGCGACACGAGCGGCGCCGCGAGGAACGCUACCGCGAGCGCCACGAGCGCAGCUAUCGCGACAUCGACCCCUCGCGCAAGUACGGCAACCUGCGCCAGCAGCGCGACAAGCACGACCAGCGGAGAGUUGUGACAUUCUCGAGCGAUGCAAAAACUAAUGAUAGUUGUAUGAAACAAGGCGAGUUCUCGUCGCCGUCGCGGCCGGAGUCCCGCGAGCACACCGCCACGGACGAGGAGGCGCCGCGCCGGCGCGACGCCCGCCGCGCGCGCCGCACCGCCGAGCCCUUCUACGACGAGUACGGCGGCGACCCGUACCUGGCGCAGCGCGCGCAGUACCAGUACUACGAGCAGCUGCGGCUCAGCAACCCCGCCGCCUACAUGCAGCUGUACAAGCAGCUCAUGGCCGGCCGCGCCGCGCCGCGCGCCCAGCCCGCCGCCGCCUACGACGAGUUCCCGGGGCUGGCGUACGAGGCGCGGCGCGACGAGCUGGGCAGCGCGCACUCGGGCCGCUCCAGCGCCGCCGGCCUCAAGCCCGACACGUACUACGGGUACCACGCGGACAAGGCGGGCUCGCUGCGGGACGCGCCCUCGCUGCGCACAGACCUCUCCGACAGGGAUCUCAAUACGGACAUGUCGCUGAACCUUCACCUCGAGGAGUCCACGGUACGGUCGGAGAGAAUGACUCCGCUGAGAUUCUCUACGGCGCACAUCAAGGGCAGCGUGGCGUCGCGCGACGUGGUGCUGGUGCGGCCGUCGUGGCCCGUGGACGGCGCGCCCGCCACCGUGCACGUGCUGUCGCUGCGCGCCGCCGCCGCGCACCUGCCCGACGCCGCCGACCUGGCCGCCUUCCCCGGCCCGCUGCUCAGAGGUGUGACGCACAAGAAAAGCGUAAUCGACUACUGCAACCUGCGCAUUCGCAACGCGGAGCGAGAGGGCGCGCGUGACGUCACCGGCUACGUGCUGCUCUGGGAUUUGCUGGCGCUCAUGCUCAGGCAGAACGGGGUAGUGGUUGGCUCUGAUAUAGCAGAACUCCUGAUGAAGAACACAAAGGAAUUCGAGUACAAACUCCCGUCGACUAAAUCACAUAAUGCCAGCCGGCGGGGCUCGUGCGCGUCGGCCGAGGCCCGCGACGACGAGCUCCGCACCUCGUCGCCUGAUCAGCCGUCCUUGUCGAUGUCAGAAAACUUAAACCAGGAGUCGCUGAGCUCGCCGAGCGCGCCGGCGGGUGACGAGCGCGCCGCGCUGGACAAGCUGCGCGAGCUGCUGCUGUACGGGAACAUGCACGAGGCACUCGAGUGGGCGAUGUCUCGCGGGCUGUGGGGCCACGCGCUGUCGCUAGCGGCGGCGUGCGGGCGCCGCGCCCGGGCCGCCGCCGCCGCGCGCUUCCUGGCCAGCCUGCCCCGCGCGGACCCGCUGCACACCCUGCACGCCGCGCUGGCGCACCAGCCGCCCCCCGCCGCCACCGUACGUAUCGCACUACUGUCUCACUCCUGCCAGCCUGCCCCGCGCGGACCCGCUGCACACCCUGCACGCCGCGCUGGCGCACCAGCCGCCCCCCGCCGCCACCGUACGUAUCGCACUACUGUCUCACUCCUGCCAGCCUGCCCCGCGCGGACCCGCUGCACACCCUGCACGCCGCGCUGGCGCACCAGCCGCCCCCCGCCGCCACCGUACGUAUCGCACUACUGUCUCACUCCUGCCAGCCUGCCCCGCGCGGACCCGCUGCACACCCUGCACGCCGCGCUGGCGCACCAGCCGCCCCCCGCCGCCACCGUACGUAUCGCACUACUGUCUCACUCCUGCCAGCCUGCCCCGCGCGGACCCGCUGCACACCCUGCACGCCGCGCUGGCGCACCAGCCGCCCCCCGCCGCCACCGUACGUAUCGCACUACUGUCUCACUCCUGCCAGCCUGCCCCGCGCGGACCCGCUGCACACCCUGCACGCCGCGCUGGCGCACCAGCCGCCCCCCGCCGCCACCGUACGUAUCGCACUACUGUCUCACUCCUGCCAGCCUGCCCCGCGCGGACCCGCUGCACACCCUGCACGCCGCGCUGGCGCACCAGCCGCCCCCCGCCGCCACCGUACGUAUCGCACUACUGUCUCACUCCUGCCAGCCUGCCCCGCGCGGACCCGCUGCACACCCUGCACGCCGCGCUGGCGCACCAGCCGCCCCCCGCCGCCACCGUACGUAUCGCACUACUGUCUCACUCCUGCCAGCCUGCCCCGCGCGGACCCGCUGCACACCCUGCACGCCGCGCUGGCGCACCAGCCGCCCCCCGCCGCCACCGUACGUAUCGCACUACUGUCUCACUCCUGCCAGCCUGCCCCGCGCGGACCCGCUGCACACCCUGCACGCCGCGCUGGCGCACCAGCCGCCCCCCGCCGCCACCGUACGUAUCGCACUACUGUCUCACUCCUGCCAGCCUGCCCCGCGCGGACCCGCUGCACACCCUGCACGCCGCGCUGGCGCACCAGCCGCCCCCCGCCGCCACCGUACGUAUCGCACUACUGUCUCACUCCUGCCAGCCUGCCCCGCGCGGACCCGCUGCACACCCUGCACGCCGCGCUGGCGCACCAGCCGCCCCCCGCCGCCACCGUACGUAUCGCACUACUGUCUCACUCCUGCCAGCCUGCCCCGCGCGGACCCGCUGCACACCCUGCACGCCGCGCUGGCGCACCAGCCGCCCCCCGCCGCCACCGUACGUAUCGCACUACUGUCUCACUCCUGCCAGCCUGCCCCGCGCGGACCCGCUGCACACCCUGCACGCCGCGCUGGCGCACCAGCCGCCCCCCGCCGCCACCCCUGCCCCGCGCGGACCCGCUGCACACCCUGCACGCCGCGCUGGCGCACCAGCCGCCCCCCGCCGCCACCGUACGUAUCGCACUACUGUCUCACUCCUGCCAGCCUGCCCCGCGCGGACCCGCUGCACACCCUGCACGCCGCGCUGGCGCACCAGCCGCCCCCCGCCGCCACCUGCGUGUCAGACGAGCGCUGGGGCGACUGGCGGCCGCACGCCGCCAUGCUGCUGGCCAACCCCACCGCGCACCCCGACACCGACACGCGCACGCUCACGCAGCUCGGGGACAGCCUGUCGGCGCGCGGGCUGCUGUACUCGGCGCAGUUCUGCUGGGUGGCGGCGGGCGUGGCCCCGGCGCGACACCCGCUGGCGCCGCUGGGCGGGACUCCGCCGCCCGCCGCGCCGCCGCGCCUGUCGCUGCUGCUGGGCGAGCCGCGAGCCGCCACGCUGCAGCAGUUCGCCACCAACCGCGCGCUGUUCGCCACCGAGGUGUACGAGUACGCCAAGUCGCUGCACCAGGAGCAGUUCGUGCUGGCCGAGCUGCAGGCCUACAAGCUGCUGCUGGCGGUGCGGCUGCUGGACUGCGGCCUGUACGAGCGCGCGCUGGCCUACUGCGAGGCCGCGGCCCGCGCCGUCACGCGCCAGCCCGCGCUCUACUCGCCGCUGCUGGUGUCCAACCUGGCCACGCUGGCCGACAGGCUGAAGUACCACGACCCGGCGCUGGGCGCGGGCGCGGAGGCCGGCAGCGCGGACGACGCCGACAGCGCCGAGCCCAGCCCGCGACACGCGCAGCAGUGGCUCGCUGACGUCACCAGUCUCGCCAACGUCAUGCACGCGGAGACCGCGUCACAACAGACCACACCGCAACACAACAACGGCUACUUGGAACCGCAGCACAAUCAGCAAUACGCCUGGGACCAGCAGCAGGCGCAGCAGUACCCAGCGUCAGUGCCGUCCUACCCGCCGCCGCCGGAGGAGCAGGCCGAGCCGCCGCAGUACCACGCGGCGCCCGCGCAGGCCGCGCCCCCGCCCGCGCCCCCGCCGGUCGCGCCCCCGCAGGCCGCGCCCCCGCAGCCCGCGCCCCCCGCGCCCUACGCCGGCUACGACGAGUGGCAGCGCACCGAGGAACACGCGCAGACCUACGCCGAGCCCUACUGGCAGCCGCAGCAGGGAUACGGAUACUCGCAGGGCGAGCGCGAGGCGGCGGAAGUGGGCGACGCCGGGGGCGGGGCAGGGGGCGCGGCCGCCGAGACUCCGCCCACCAUCACCAUGCCGGGCGAGGCCCGCCCACGCGCGCCCUUCUACGACUACGACGACAGACCCGACGCUGACCAACAGCAGCAGGCCGAGCCCGACGCAGACGCUGCGAAGGCGGGCAAGAAGCAAGAAUCGAAAACCAAGGAGGAAGGCGGCAAGGACGGCAAGGGCAAGGGCGGCGGCUGGUUGGGCGGUAUCCUCACCAAGCUGUCGCUGCGCCCUCCGAACCAGAUGAUCCUGCCGGACGACAAGAACCCCUCCAUCGUGUGGGACCCGGACACGAAGCGCUGGCGCAACCUGGACGGGGACGCCGACGACGCGGACUCGCCGCCGCCGCCGCCGCCCAGGACGCAGGACCUGCGCCAGGCCAUGCAGAGCGCGGCCCCGCCCGGGCCCGGGGCCCCGCCCGCCGCGCCCGUCUCCAACAUAUUCAAGAUGCAGAAAGGAAGACAUAUAAAGAAGUCGUACGUGGACGUGUUCAACCCGUCGGGCGCCGCCCCCCGCCCCCCCGCGGGGGGGGAGCUGCUGGCGCCCCCCCCUCCCGCGGCUCCCGCCAACUACUUCGUGCCCGCCCCGCAGCCACAGGGCAUAUACGAUCCGUCGAUGGUGGCGACUGACGACGAGACCUAUAUGCACAGCGGCAUCUAGCGGAGACCACUCCUCGCGACGACAUCACAUGUUUGGCCAAUCAACUUGUAUGAGACCAGCAAAAUAUCGAAAUUAUGUAAAUGACUAUCGAUCAAAUAACAAUAUAAUAUCCCGCGAAGGGGAUUUGCAACGAAUAAGUGUCAGCUGACCGCUCCCACCCAACUAGUUAUGUUUGGUGUCGAGCGCCGCCGACGCACACACACGCAUACAUACGUCGUUAAGUUUACAUUACUUUGUAGCGAUGCUCGGAUUGGCACAGUAAUGGAUUAAAAGGUCACUAGGUUUGGUACAAUUCUUAUAAUGUUGGAAAAAAUAAUGGUAAUAAUUGAGUUUUUCAAUAAUUGGCCCUGUGCUGAGCGGCCGGUGUAACCGCCGACGCUUGUGAUAUGACGUCGCGUUGCUCAUACAUAUAUUUUAAGUCUUCACUCGCUUGUUCCGUUAAAAUUUAUCUUGUUUUUUUUCUGUGUAUACUCAAUGUCUUAUUGAAUUUGGAAUUUAUGUUAAAUUAUAGUUAGGAACCAAUGGUAUUUUGAUUCAAUCGAUUGUGAGAAAAUGUAUUAAUUAAUAAAAUAAUUAAAUUAAUGAUUUCUAUUAUUUGAUGUUUGUUAUUAGCGAAUAUUUAGUGGCCCGCGCGGGCGAGCUGGUCGCCGCGGCGGUGACAAGUCGCUUCGUCUUUUCUUAUUUCCUUUUGUUCUCUGCUAGACAGUAACUGAUAUUCAUGACUUUAUUUUCUCUGGUCUCUUAGAUAAGCAGAUGUAUAGAUAGCGAAUGUUUUCUAUGUAAAGAGGGCGCUUCAUGCGACAGGUUGUAUAAAAUGUUUAAUGCCUUAGUAAAGUAACGCCGACGAUACAUGUUCGUUUGUAUAAAAGUGUUUAGUUCUGGUUUAUAUGUAUAUUGGAGAAAGAACAGGCGGAAGCGCGUAGAUUGCAAUGUAUUAUAAUAUGAUUCAAAUCUUAUGGAAAUAUUUAAAUAAAAUGUUUAUUAUGUUAUGCUUA